GGCUCCGCCUCCGACCUACCUGCCCAGUUCGGGAGGGGCGGAGACUGUGAGUCUCCGAACCGCGCCCAUCUCCUUCCUCCCUUCCCCGAGCCCUUGGAGCCAGUCGGGGGAGGCGGCAUGGAGGGGAGGGCAGCCGAGCCUUGGGUCCCGGAGUCCGGGGUUCCGGGGGCGGCCGGAUGUGGGCUGCACUUGCGGUCGGCACGCUCCAGCCUCUCUAAGCCCACUGUGGAUCCGCCACCCGCCAGGAGCUCAGCCAUGUGGGCCCCCAGCCGACGGCAGCUCUGCCUGACCUUCAUCCUGGUCUGUGUCCUUUCGGCCAUCUUAUUCCUCCACGGCCACCAAGACCUCUUCCACAAUGGCCUAGCCCUGACGGCCCUGUGUCCAGACCGCCGCCUGAUGACGUCCCCUGUGGCCAUCUUCCACCUGUCCCCCAACGCCUCCUCCUUCUGUCUCAAGCCCCCUGCGUCCCUCUCGGGAACCUGGACCAUCCACCCAGACGGCCGGUUCGGUAACCAGAUGGGGCAGUAUGCCACACUCCUGGCCCUGGCCCAGCUCAACGGGCGCCGGGCCUUCAUCCUGCCCUCCAUGCACACCGCCCUCGCCCCCGUGUUCCGCAUCACCCUGCCCGUGCUGGCGCCUGACGUGGACAGCCACACGCCCUGGCGGGAGCUCGAGCUACACGACUGGAUGUCACAGGAGUAUGCCCACUUGACGGACCCCUUGCUGAAGCUCACGGGCUUCCCCUGCUCCUGGACCUUCUUCCACCACCUCCGGGAACAGAUCCGCAGGGAAUUCACCCUGCACGACCACCUUCGUCGGGAGGCCCAGGGUCUGCUGAGUGGGCUCCGCCUGGGCCGCACCGGGGACCCCCCGCGCACCUUUGUGGGUGUCCACGUGCGCCGUGGGGACUACCUCCAGGUGAUGCCCCUCCGCUGGAAGGGGGUGGUAGGCGAUCGCGCUUACCUCCAGCAGGCUAUGGACUGGUUCCGGGCGCGGCACGAAGACCCCAUCUUUGUGGUCACCAGCAACGGUAUGGAGUGGUGCCGGGAAAAUAUGGACACCUCCCGGGGGGAUGUGAUUUUUGCCGGCAACGGGCAGGAGGGCUCGCCGGGGAGGGACUUCGCGCUGCUGACGCAGUGCAACCACACCAUCAUGACCAUCGGCACCUUUGGGUUCUGGGCCGCCUACCUGACUGGUGGGGACACUGUGUACCUGGCCAACUUCACCCUGCCUGACUCCAGCUUCCUGAAGAUCUUUAAGCCCGAGGCUGCCUUCUUGCCCGAGUGGGUGGGCAUUAACGCAGACUUGUCUUCCCUCCAGUCACCGGCCGGGCCUUGAGCAGCAGGGCAACUUUUCUGGAAUAGCUCAGGCCAGCAUUCUGCGUCUCCGGAGGCCUAGAAGCUUCCGGAGAAGGUCGUGGUACCUGUAGCAGGCGGGCACCCGCUGCUAGGGUAAUUCUAGUCGGCUAGACUUUGAGAAAAAGGACAGCUUUCUGUAACUGCCUGGACGUUCUAGAACCAGCGGGAGAUCUUUUCCUGAUGCCCGGCAACGUCCAGAGAGGCUCCUGUCAGCUCUGGAAGGCAAUGCCUCACCUGCUCUUCCCAGCACGUGUCCAGGGCACGUCUGGAGGGUUGUACCCCAACAACAGGGAGCUCUCCCCUUCUAAUGUUGCCUCUGGUCUUUUCUAGAAGAGAAAUUCAAUCCUCAGGACUGAAAGAACUUAUGGGUUUUCCAGACCUCAUCAACUCCCCUGCUGUGUUUCUGGAGUAGUUCUAGAGAGGGCCAGGGGUGAGGCUUGUGACGAAACCCUACAGGGCUCCUCCGGAGGGAGUGAGGUUCUGGAAUUCCAGAGAAUCUUAGGAAGGUACAGUCAGAAGCUCAACCCCUCAGCCACUGCCAGAAAGACUGGCGGAACACACAGUAUCCAUCCUGUGAGCAGGUGGGAAGUCUGUCCAAUCUCUCAGCCCUUGGGGAAGGGGGGAGGGAAAAGACAAAGACUCUUUUUUGAAAUUACAAAAAGAUUUUUUUUUUUUGAGAGAGAGAAAG